AUGUUUGUGUAUGAGCGGUUCUCUUCUGAACUCUGCAUCCGAAAGCUAGUGCUGAACACCAUAUCACCUAUGAUAUCUAAAGUCAAGUGUACAACGAGCUCCGAUAGGUUACAAGGACGCGCACAAGCUAUAUCCGCGUUUAGUGCUUCUGGUAAGCUGUCUGAGCCGAGAACAGACGGCGACCGAUGCGUUUUCAGGAUCUUGCAAAAGCCGCGCGUAUUCCUAAGCACAAUUUCUUCCAUGUCUCUACUCGCACUAUCUGAGAACGCAUUUGGAGAAUUCCCCUCCGUUGGGAGUGGGUUUUAUGAUCUAAUAUUGUCGCGGUACUUGGAGCGCCAAACAAUUAUUCCCAGAUCAUGUACCAGUCUGCUUUCCAGGUAUUCGCUCCAGGGCUAUAGAUGGGUUGGGAGCAAAGCGAACAACUGGGCCAUAUUGUUGACGUUGGACCAGAUACUUGGACAAGGGGUGGAGCCUCAGUCGGUAGAGGAUCAGGAAACUGGGCUGCAAACGUCAGCUUGUGCAUCAGAGACGAUUAAUAUCGCAAUAGAGGCUAGCAUCUUGUAUGUUACCGUAAAUUUAUUGAAAGCGCAAAGGAAAGUUAAGCAAUAUGCGAUAAUAAAUGGGCCUGAGGAAAGGAACUCCCACCUGAACCGGAAGCCCACAGAGAGUAGUCGAAGCCCAUCGGAAGAGCCUGGGUUAUUUUAUGCACUCCUAAUUGACAUGGAAGCGCGCGGUCGUUUAAUCAAGUUGAAGUCCGAGACCACUAAAGCUCAGCUGGGGUCGUUUCUGUGGUCCAUGAGAAGCAUCAUGUUAAGUGGUUGCAGGGGUAGUAUCAAUCCGGAGAUGCAAAAAUCCCGAACACAUUUGGGAGAAGUCAAUGACCACGUAUAUUACCCAAGCAAACUUAUAAACAAGGCUUCGGGAGUACACUAA